AUGACGGCUGCCCUGAAUGGCCACGCCCAUACAGUGAAGGCGCUGCUGGACCUCCGUGGUAACCCUCUGGCCAUGGAUGGUAGAGGUGAGGCUGGCCACCAGCAGUGUGUGGCGGCCCUCUUGCCCGUCUCCCCUCCCAGUCCCGCACACCUCGAGGCAUGCACCCCGCUGCACCUCGCCAGUUAUCAUGGCCACGUGGAGGUACUGGAGCAGCUUGCAGGUGCUGGCUGGCCCCUCACGGCCAUGGACAGUGAUGGCAACACACCCAUGCACUCUGCUGCGGAGGGGAGAUGUGCAGCAGCUGUGCAGUGGCUGGUGCAGAGAGGUUGUGACCCACUCGUGCAAUUGAAGGAUGGACGCACCCCGCUGGAGUUGGCCGUGCAGCAUGGCCGCCACGAGGUGGAGUCCUGGCUGGUUAAAAAUUGCAGCGGUGUUGUGAGGAGGAAGACUCUGCGUGUGCAGCAAGUGAGGGCGUGGCGGGGCAGGCAUGAACACCACCACAACACAGUCUUGUCCCUGCUGGUGGAGGGCAACAAGGCAGCCAUAGCCAGCAUCCCCGAGGUUUAUGAUGGUCACACGCUGAGCCAGGAUGGCCUGACGCCUCUCCACGCCGCGGCGCUGUGCGGGGCUCCCAGUGAUGCUGUGGAGGCUUUGCUGCAACGCGGUGUGAGCCCUCAUGUGACCACCCCUGACAGCAUGACCCCCGCUGACCUGGCACAGCAGCAAGGCCAAGACUCAGUGAUUAAGGGACUACAGCGCCACCACUGUGUACAGCAAUAUGGUAACCCAAAAUUUCAGCUGCACAAGUCAAUAUAG